AUGACCCGAAUCGCGUCCCUUGUUGCUCUCAGCGCGGCCUCUGCGGCGCUGCAGCUCCCUCUGCAGCGGCCGAUCAACGACAUUGCACCUCACUCGGCCUUCCACGCAAGACCGCUCGUCAGCUCGGGCACUCUGCAGGACAGCAUCGACAAGGACAGGCUGUGGGAGCGCGCCGAGGAGCUGUAUGCGCUUGCUAGGAAAUCCGAGGACGAGUUCAACCACCCUACUCGCGUCAUUGGGUCGGCAGCAGGACACCAGGCCACGCUCGAGUACAUCAAGUCUGAGCUGGCUUCUCUCGGAAGCUAUUACAAUGUCUCGGAGCAGCCAUUCGACGCUUAUGCAGGCAGGGUGAGGGAGUUUCGCCUCGUCAUUCAUGACAAGGUGCCCGCUUCGACCACGGCCUUUUCGCUCACGCCGCCGACAAAGAACAAUGAACCCGUUUUCGGACAGUUGAUUUUGGUUCGCGGCACGGGCUGCAAGGCGUCUGACUAUCCUCACAAGGUCAAGGGGAAUAUUGCCCUGAUGCAGAGGGGAACGUGUCCCUUUGGCGAUAAAUCGCAGCUUGCUGGAAGGGCGGGUGCCAUUGCGGCCAUCAUUUACAAUACCGUAGAUGAAGAAUUGCACGGCACCCUGGGCAAGCCGUCGCCCGACCACAUCGCCACCUUUGGGGUCAGCAGCAAAGACGCCGAGGACUGGGUGGAAAACAUGCCACGCGGGGAGAUUUUCCGAGGAUCGGCAUACAUUGACGCCACCGUCCAGACGAUCAAGACGAACAACAUCAUUGCGCAGACAACCGAGGGCGACGCGGACAACUGCGUAAUGCUAGGCGGCCACAGCGACUCCGUCGAGGAGGGCCCGGGGAUCAACGACGACGGCUCUGGGUCCCUGUCUAUCCUCGAAGUGGCCUCCCAGCUCGCGGCGUUCCGGAUCCAAAACUGCGUCCGCUUCGCCUGGUGGUCCGCCGAGGAGGAGGGUCUGCUGGGCUCAGAGCACUACGUCAAAUCCCUCUCCGACAAGGAGAAUGCCAAGAUCAGGCUCUUCAUGGACUACGACAUGAUGGCCAGUCCAAACUUUGCGUACCAGGUGUACAACGCGACUGAUGCGGAGAACCCGCUGGGGUCGGAGCGAUUGCGCGACCUGUACACGGACUGGUACACGAGCAGCGGGCUGAACUAUACCAUGAUCGAGUUCGACGGGCGCUCAGACUACGAUCCCUUUGUCAGGGCGGGUAUUCCGGCGGGCGGCAUUGCCACGGGCGCCGAGGGUGUCAAGACGCCUCUCGAGGCUGGAUUCUUUGGCGGCGAAGAAGGAGAGUGGUAUGACAAGAAUUACCAUCAGAUCGGCGAUGAUUUGAACAACUUGAACAUGACGGCGUGGGAGGUGAACACCAAGCUUAUUGCUCAUUCUGUGGCAACGUAUGCAGCUUCGUUUGAGGGCUUUCCCGAAAGAACGAGGGAAGUUGGUGUCGCGUCCUUCAGGAAGCCCAAAUGUAAUGCACUUUCGCCGCAGUUUUGUCAUUCGUAG